AUGACUUUCGGCAGUUUCGAAACCAUAUGUAACAAAACGGCUAUUCCCUUGUGUAGCGUUGUCGGCUCUCUAGACCCGAACUCUGCCUUCCAAAGAGGAAUUCUUCCAGAGUGCUAUGCACGUUCUGUAGAAUUAGCCAACACCACAAUAUUCCAACUAGGCAACGCUUUUGUUCAUUUUGGUAGUCUCAUUGUCAUUUUGAUGAUUAUCUACAAUGUCAGAGCCAAGUACACCGCCAUUGGAAGAACAGAGAUGUUGUACUUUUUGUACAUCUUGAUAGGCUUGAUUGUUAGCUCUCUUAUUGUAGACUGUGGAGUUUCUCCACCAUCUUCAGAAUCGUUUGCUUACUUUGUCAGCGCCCAGAUUGGCUUUGCCAGUGCUGUGUGUAUCUGUUUGCUCUACAACGGUAUAGUCUGUUUCCAGUUCUGGGAGGAUGGCACAAGAAAGUCGAUGUGGUUUGUGCGUGUCGUCACUGUAAUCUGGUUCAUCAUCAACUUUGUUAUUUCGUUGAUUACCUUCAAGCACUGGAACACUGCUUUGAACAACAGAAACACCACUGCUUUGUUUGUUGUUACUUACAUCAUCAACGCCAUCAUCUUGGCGGCCUACGUGGUUUCUCAGGUCAUUUUGGUCAUCUUUGCCUUGGAUUCGUACUGGCCCUUGGGUGCUAUUCUGCUUGGCGUCUUCUUCUUUGUAGCCGGCCAGGUGAUCACAUACUUGUUCAGUCUCCAGGUUUGCCGUGGAGCUUCUCAUUACAUUGAUGGGCUCUUCUUUGGCAGUUUAUGUAACAUCUUUUCCGUCAUGAUGAUCUACAAGUUCUGGGAUAUGAUCACUACCGACGACUUAGAGUUCUCUGUGGCCAACGUGGAGCACGGAGUCGCUGAGUUUGGCGACGACGAGAAGAGAAACAGUGUCUUCUUCAACAACUAAUUCAUAGCAUAGACAAAUGUCGAAACAAAGCAUAUGUUCAGCAGAAAAAUGUUCUAGCAUUUAUUGGGUGCAAUUGUCAAAGAUAUACGGAUAUCCUUGCUGUACAUCACUAGAGACGUUGAAAAGAUGGUUGCGAAAUUUUGCACCCAUUUUUGUUCAUCCUAGAAAUCGUUCCAAUCAAGCUGAACUUCCUCUAGUUCUACCACGACUCCAUUAUCAUUAUUUACUAUUAUUUAGAGAAUUCAAGUU